AUGGCUUCAGUCAAUUCAAACAUCUCAGAGUACCAAAGCACGCCUCAGCCAGGGGAAAACCGUAAAGUCGAAGAACCACGUGGUGAAAAGUCUCAAAUGGAUGUUAAUGAGGCAGAAAAUAAACUAGACACAAAAACUGGAACACAAAACCCAGUUGGCUGUUUAAAAACAUGCGAUUAUCCUAAGACAGUUUACUUUGCUGCUGCAUUAUUUAGUUAUCAGGAACUAGCUGGGAAUAUUCUGCUUGGAGAGGCGAUUGAAAGGGUUUCCCAUGGCCGUUAUAAAAUCAUAUUACCUCAAAAUGGAGAACAAGAUUCUAAUCGCGGCAAGGAUAUUCGUGAUGACGAUUUGGCUUCUGUGGCUAAAUGCGACAUGAUCUUGCUCAAUUAUGAUGGCACUGAAAUAUGCGCUGGUUGUGUUGUAGAACAGCAGUUUGCUCGUGAUUUGGAUAAACCAGCGGUUGUAGUUCG